GAACAGCUGAUGAUAACUCUGCUAUUGCAGAUAUACUGAACACGUUUAUAGAAUUGCUCACCUGUAGUUGCCUGCGCCUCUCUAGUUGGUUGUAUCACUAUCAUUAUUAACGCCACGUGUGACAAGUACAACAAAGAAUGAAUGUAACUUACCGCAUGGCCCUUAUCAAUGGAACAAAAGAUGAAGUUCGUGGACUGGAAGAUGCGUUCGCCUUCUCAGGGCCCCACUAACGGGGGUCCUCGCGACUAGCGAAUACGGCUCUUAUUGCGGGUAGCCUAGCUAGCAGGCAGCUAAGCAGCCUUUCUACGGUCUCGGCGUUCGUGAAGGGGGUCUCUUUCGAUCACAAAAAAAGAAGGCAAAGAGGCUGCUCACGCACACCAGACCAAGGCACGAGGGCGGUGGACCUAAUUACCGUGCUCGAGUCUUAGUCUAAAAGGAAAAGGAAAAGAGGUUCCAACCAAAAAGGAAAAGGAAAAGGACGUAGUCCAUCAAAGACGAGGGAAGAAGAGGCCGCACCAAUUUCUGAGAUACCGGUCAGAACCAAGAGGUGGCAGCACGUGACAUGAUGACGUCGUCCAUCAGCUCGCUAACGAUCAUGCUCGCUAACAAGGAACGACUUGUUGGGCUGAGGCUUUUGUGUCUCCUGGUCGCGGGGCUCGUCCAUUGUGCGGAAGUUUCGGCGAUUGCAAUGAGUGCAGAGCAUAAGCAACUACGACAUCGAAGGCGUAUUACUUAUGUUGUUUCUAAACGGGGAUCCCUACCGUAGAUUGAUACUACUUGUUACUUUUAUCCAGGCACACCUGCUGUAGGUAAAUAGACAACUGCUGAUUAAUAUCACAAUUCUUAGGCCUAGAAAAGAAUAGUACUUCCUAGGCCUAGAAAUAUAUGAGUGUACCUUUGCAGCCUUCUUCUUGACAAUCCACAAACGAUAGUCGCUUGUCACAACUACUUUCAAAAUCGACUUUCGUUCAGGUGACGUCGCAGAACUAUGGGGGUUGCCAAAAUUAGUAUGGGUCAUUUUAGCGGACGUGGUGGCCAUGAUCCUCUUCAUGGUUGCUAUUCCAGUCGUUCUCAAUUGCGUACUUAUUAUUGUUCUCUGAUUUGUUUGUUAUCUUUUAAAACUAUUUUCACGUCUGCUGCAUCGAUCAUGAACAAAACUCCAAUUAGGCGAAACGACGACGGCCGAUGUUUAGAUAGCGAGCAAGGGAAGGAACGAAGAAAGAACGACAAAGAAUCCUCUCGUCGAUGAUGAAUCGAUUUGUCGGAUUGUCGUGAACUAAGAAAUACACCCAGUGCAUACAUGAUGGUGAUAGAUUGACAUGAUUGACAAUCUUGCACAGGAGUAACUUUUUUAUCCGAGAUAUCGAUCCAACCAUGUUUCAUUCUUCCUCGUACUCGGACUUGAUGACUUCGAAGAGAUCGACGAAGUCGUGCCAGAGGGUUCGGAGGU